UAAUAAUAAUUUGCCUUAUUUUAUCCCCAAAAAACUCGACCAGCGGAACCAGAAGAGACUCGACCGAACGAUACACACGCAGAUGUUGUUUGUAUAUAUAUGUACAUGUAAAUCAAGCAUCAACUGCUCUGAUCUGAUCUCUGCUAAGCCGACGACAUUCUCAUUCUCGGUUAUCUGCAGAUCUUGAGCUGAUUUUUUUAGUUCGUUUAGUAAGAAAUUCUUGUGGUGGAUCGAGGAGGUUUAGUUGUGUAUAUACUGGGAUCGAAAUUAGCUUUGAUUUGAUGGUUUUGGUGCUUUUUUGAGUGCCGAAUGUGGAUCUUGUCAAAUCGAUAGACUUUGAAGCGGUUGUUUGAGCCUUCAGUGUUGCAGAGUUGACUCAAGAAAGGAGGAGCACUUCAUGAGGUGUAGGGUUGUCAGAUAUCAACCAUUUAGGCUUUGAUUCGUGAUAUUGAGAUGGGGUGCCAAUGCUCCAAGCUCACGCCAUGCUGCUGGGAUUCUCAGUUCAAGGCUGCUGUUCUCGAAGUUCCUGAUGUUGAGAAUGAGGAGAAGAGUGAGGUUGAUAACUUGCCUGCGUUUCAUGAAUUCACAUUUGAACAGCUUAAAAAUGCAACUUCCGGGUUUGCAGUUGAGAACAUUGUAUCUGAACAUGGGGAGAAGGCUCCAAAUGUUGUUUACAAAGGAAAGAUGCAGAAUCAGAGGAGAAUUGCUGUUAAGCGCUUUAACAGAGUGGCAUGGCCUGAUGCACGACAAUUUCUGGAGGAAGCUAAAACUGUGGGACAGCUACGCCACAACAGAUUGGUGAAUUUGCUUGGUUGUUGUUGUGAAGGUGAUGAGAGGUUGCUUGUGGCAGAAUAUAUACCCAAUGAGACACUUGCAAAACACCUUUUUCAUUGGGAAGCACAACCUAUGAAAUGGGCAAUGCGAUUACGGGUUGUUCUACAUCUUGCACAAGCUCUAGAAUACUGCACAAGCAAAGGCCGUGCUCUUUAUCAUGAUCUUAAUGCUUAUAGAAUUUUAUUUGAUGAGGAUAGUAAUCCAAGACUUUCAACCUUUGGCCUGAUGAAAAAUAGCAGAGACGGAAAAAGUUAUAGUACAAAUCUGGCAUUUACUCCUCCCGAAUAUUUAAGAACGGGUCGAGUGACUCCAGAAAGUGUAAUAUAUAGCUUCGGCACUCUUUUGCUUGACCUCCUGAGUGGGAAGCACAUCCCUCCAAGCCAUGCACUUGACCUGAUAAGGGACAGAAAUCUCCAGAGUCUUACAGAUUCUUGCUUGGAGGGACAGUUUUCUGAGAAUGAUGGGACUGAGUUAGUACGCUUAGCUUCUCGAUGUCUACAGUAUGAACCCCGAGAAAGGCCAAAUCCCAAAUCAUUAGUGGCUGCUUUGACUCCUCUUCAGAAGGAAACUGAGGUUCCUUCACAUGUCUUGAUGGGUGUCCCACACAGUACCUCAGUCUCUCCUUUGACUCCACUUGGCGAGGCUUGCUCAAGGAGGGACUUGACUGCCAUACAUGAGAUUUUAGAUAACAUUGGCUAUAAAGAUGAUGAAGGAGUGACAAACGAGCUCUCCUUCCAAAUGUGGACUGAUGAAAUGCAGGACACAUUGAAUAUAAAGAAAAAGGGUGACUCUGCUUUCAAGCAGAAAGAUUUUAGAACUGCAAUUGAGUUGUACACUCAGUUCAUUGAUGUUGGAACCAUGGUAUCUCCUACAGUACAUGCACGCCGCAGUUUGUCUUAUCUCAUGAGCGAUAUGCCUCAAGAAGCCAUAAGUGAUGCAAUGCAAGCCCAAAUUAUAUCUCCUGUAUGGCACAUUGCAUCUUAUCUUCAGGCUGUCUCCCUUGCUGCACUUGGAAUGGAUAAUGAAGCACAAGUAGCACUCAAGGAGGGAACAACGCUAGAAGCCGAGAAGAAAACUUCAAAUGCGGAACAAAAGUAAAGAGUGCAGAUUUAUACGACACUUCACUGCUUUCCAGUUUUGGUGAUCCAUUGAUGAAUUUGACCGGUGGUAUUGCUUGCUGCAACGAUUCAGAAUCCUGCAAUCCUGCCGCAGAUUACCAAAUCUUCUCAUUUUAGCAUUUUCAGCCAAAGCGAUAUUUGGAUGCCUGUAGGUUUUUGGCUAUUUCUUCUUUUCUUUUUUUUUUCUACCGUGGUAUGUGAGAAAUUUAAUUCUUUUGAAAUGUGAUCAAUUGUGCCUUUACGCAUGUGUGGUUUCUCCUGCCACUUCACAUUGUAGACAAAAGCUUAUGGUUUAUGAAGUUUGAAAUAGAGAAUACGAAGGUGGAUGGGAGAGACAAAAUUAUAUUCAAGCUUAAGUUAUGUAUAGGGACUAUGCCCAGUUUUUCCUGCUAAUACACCAUAUCUAUGUGGU